UGGCUAAUCCUGCCAUCUGUCAGAGAGCAGCAAACCAGCCAAGGCGCUCUCCUCUGGGCUAAUUAGAAAGCCAGAAGAACACAGCAAAAAGAAAUCUCAGAAAAGCACACACUUUUUCUGCUGACAAUGGAGGAGACAUACCUUCUCAACCACCACGGAGUGAAGAAGAAGAUUCUGGCUGGAGGCACUGGACCACUGCCUCACUUCCCUCCUGGGACAAAGCUGGUUUUCCAUUUCCAGACACUGCUGGACAACUUUGAGCGUACGGUCAUUGAUGACAGUCGAUUGGCGGGCAGACCAGCUGAGAUCUUUGUCGGAAAGAUGUUCAAGAUGGAAGUGUGGGAGACGCUGCUGACAUCCAUGAGGAUCGGAGAGGUGGCUGAGUUUUGGUGUGACGCUGUUCACACAGGGCUGUACCCCAUUGUGUCUAAAGGAAUGAGGCUGAUUGCUCAGGGCAGAGACCCCCUUGAAGGCCAGAGACACAUGUGUGGAAUGGGAAACCUGUUCCACUACCACUCCACUGGAUUUCCAGAACUGGAUGAACUGAUGAGGACGCCUCAGCCCCUCAUAUUUAUCAUGGAACUGUUACAGGUGGGAGACCCUAUGUCCUACCAGAGAGAGUCGUGGAUGAUGGAGAAGGAUGAGAAGCUGCAGAUGGUGCCAAUCCUCCACAUGCAGGGCAAUGCACUGGUCAAACGGAGAGAAUUCAGAGAGGCCGCCAGCAAGUACAAAGAGGCCGUCCUGCUGCUGAAAACAGUCCAGUCCAGAGAGAUGCCGGGUGAUAUAGACUAUAUAAACUUGGGUCGAAUGAUCGUCCCGCUGGAGCUGAACUACUGCCAGUGCAUGCUGGAGUUGGAAGAGUAUUAUGAAGUUAUAGAACAUACCGAUGAACUGCUGGAGAAACACAAAGACUGUGUGAAGGGCUAUUACAAGAGAGCAAAGGCCCACGCUGCAGUGUGGAAUGAAAAAGAGGCCCGGAGAGACUACAAUAUGGUGGCACACCUGGAUGUUACUCUGGCCUCGCUCGUCAGUAGAGAGCUGAAGAAUCUGUCAGAACGCCUGAAGGAGAAGUACUGGGAGGAGAAGGAGCAGUACUGGAACAUGCUAGAGAAAAAUGAGAUGAAAGAGGAAGGUGAUGAAGAGGAGAAAAGACAAAAAGAAGAUACUAAAGAUGAAGUGACAGAAGAAAAAGCUAAAGAAGAAUCUCCAACAGGGGGUGAAGGAGUUCAUAAAGAGGAACAUGAAAGGAUAACAGUUCCAGCUACUGAUGAAACAGGUGGCCAAGAGGCAGUUAGGUCAUCUGAGAUCAGUGUGAACGCCGCUGCAUUAACAGAGGGGAAGGACUGGCAGCAGAUGUUGCGACUGGUUAUGCUACUGCAGGACGAAGGAAACUUCCUGGUGAAAGAAAAUCACUUUAAAGAGGCUUCUGACAAGUUCAAGGAAGCCAUAGAAUACGUGGACUUCCUUCAGAAAAAGCAGGUAGAUCAACGUGGCGAAGACUGGGAGUCCCUGGAGAAAGUUCGACUUCCACUGAAUCUCAACCUCAGCCAGUGCAUGCUCGAGCUAAAGCAAUACCAACAGGUGGUGGAGCUAAACAACAACUUACUUAAAAAGCAUAAAGGUAACUUUAAGGCGGUGUACCAGCGGGCUCGAGCACACGCCGCCUUGUGCAACGAGGAUGAAGCUCGGAGAGACUUCGCCACAGUGGAGAAACUGGACCCAAAGUUCAAACCAUUUGUUCGUCAGGAACUGAAAAAAAUGGGUGAGAACAUCCGUUCCAUGCAUUCCCUCCAGAACAAGAAUUACUGGGAUACAACACAGGAGAAAUGGGGACCUGAAGGAAGACGAGCUAAGGCUGCAGCACAAAAAGCGAGAAAAAAGAAUGUAAAAUCUGCACAGAAAGACGCAGAAGAAAAAAACAAAGCAAAUGUGAAGGCAGAUGAAGGUGGUAAGAUGGAAGAAGGCUCAGUGAAAGCCAACCCCGCUGCAGCAGAGGGAGGGAAUGAUGCGGGAACAGAGAAAAUUCAAGAUGUGAGAACAGAACAGAGCAAUAAAGAGCCAAAGUGCGGGAGAGCUGCAGUAGAGGGCUCAGAUAAUGAAAAUACAGAUAGCGCUGUGGUUCUGGAGGACGGGCACGGUGCACCAGAUAAUCGAGACACAGAUAAAGAUAGUGAUCCAGCACCCACCAGCGCAGGCAAAGAUAAUGUAGUGAGCAAGCGAUCGGAGUGCGAUAAAGGCACAAAGAAGGUCAAAUGUCAAUCAACUGUUGCACCGGGCCCAAGAAGGGAAGGCCAAAGGAAGAAAGCCUCCGGUGAUAAGGCAGGAAAUGGAGACACUCAAUCAAUGUAGACCAAUGGGUUGAAAGUGCAGAGCCAAAGGCUGCAGGAGAAGCCGAGAGCAGUAACAGAUAGACCUAAAAGGGAGUUCAGAGACAAAAACGCACGAUGGUUACAGAUGGGUUAACAGAAGAAAAAAAACAAGGAUAAACAACCACGCUCACACAGAAAAAGGAAAUAUUGAUUUUGUCAUAUAUAAAUCCAAAUAUAAACAAAAGGAAAAAAAUUAACAUAAACAGCUCAUUUUUGGCACCAUUCUGAGUCAAGUUUCAUUAUUCAAUUCUCAAAGGGAUGAGUGCAAGCACAUAAAAAACAGGCUAAUUCCAAAUACAAAGUUUUUUAUUUCUGUACACAAAGAGUAGAAAGCAGCCAGUAACCCACUUAUUACAGUAAAAAGCCUUACUUCAGAAAACUUUUUUUACAGAUUAAAAACUUCAGACACCGAGUAGUGUUUUAAGUGCAGACUGAGUGGACAGAAACAUGAAAUCAAAAUGAUUAAAACAGAAACAUUUGAGUUGUUAAUGAGGUAUAUUAAUGGUGAUUUUAAACCCAGUAAUGUAUAAGUGUGUGUAUACAUGUUUUAAGGUAGGAUGUUUGAGGUUAGGUGAUUCAUUGUUCUGUCGUGUACAAGGUGACAUAUAGGCGCAUGUGUCCUUGUUGCAAGCAUGAUAGCAAACACAGAGGGCCUGACGCAAAGGCAGGAGAGUAAUGAUGGGACUCGUUAGCAUGUCGGCCCGACCACAUGCUGCAACAGAGGUCGAUAUGUAGCCUUGUUGCAGCAUCCUCUUGGGGGGGGGGGGGGUCCUGUCUCUAUGGAAAGCCUUUCUUCAAUCACAGCUUCAGUCAUGCUACAGGGAGCAGGGUUUGUGUUGUUACUGUGUGUCUGUGAGAGCGGUUUGCCGGAGGCCGCUGGCUGUGCUGCCCCGCCUGUACAGAAAAUUGUACAUUGAUCAGACCUCAGAUGAUCACACAGUCAGAGAGAGAUAAGACUCUGCUGCAGCCGGGUGACCAUCAAAAGCAAUUUAGACGCUCCUGUCAAACAUCGGCCGAGUGGAAUGUGAGGACAAGCUGUGUAUGGUAAUUUAACGCUGUCAUAAUCCCACCUAGUGUAUUUAUUUCAUUCUGCCUCUCAUCUACUCCCUUUAUUGUCUAAAAAUAAACAUAAUGAAUGUUGA